CUCUUGUCAUUUCGCCUUCGCCCCCACCCGCCCCUACCAGAUCUGCUCCGCCGCCACCGACACCCCCUCCUCGCCUUCCUCCGGCGAGCUCCUCGCCGGAGCAGGGCCGGCCGCCGCUACCGACCCAUCACCCACAACAGGCCUUACUGCCGCGUGGCCCAGAUCCGCGCGCUCCCCGCCGAUCCAGAUCCAUGGCUCGCCCCGGCGCGCUCCUCCUCGCCGUCGCGGUGGCCGCGCUGCUCGCGGCCGCAGUGCCGGGCGCCCGCGGAUUCUACCUCCCGGGGAGCUACCCGCACAAGUACAACGUCGGGGACGACCUCAACGUGAAGGUGAACUCCCUCACCUCCAUCGACACCGAGAUGCCCUUCAGCUACUACAGCCUCCCCUUUUGCGAGCCACAAGACGGUGUCAAGGACAGCGCCGAGAACCUCGGCGAGCUCCUCAUGGGCGACCGCAUCGAGAACUCGCCCUACCGCUUCCGCAUGUACACCAACGAGUCAGACGUCUUCCUCUGCCGCUCCCCACCGCUGGGCGCCGACGCCUUCUCUCUCCUCAAGAAGCGCAUCGACGAGAUGUACCAGGUCAACCUCAUCCUAGACAACCUCCCCGCCAUCCGCUACACCAGGAAGGACGACUACAUCAUGCGCUGGACGGGGUACCCCGUCGGGAUCCGCGUCGGCGUCGACUACUACGUCUUCAACCACCUCCAGUUCACCGUCCUCGUCCACAAGUACGAGGAUGCCAAUGUCGCGCGCGUCAUAGGCGCCGCCGACGCCACCGACGCCAUCCCCUCCGGGGCUAAGGAUGCCGCCUCCUCCUCCCCUGGAUGGAUGGUGGUCGGGUUCGAGGUUGUGCCCUGCAGUAUCAAGCACAACCCAGAGGACGUCAAGUCGCGCAAGAUGUACGACAGCUACCCCAGCAAGAUCAAGUGCGACCCGACCACCGUGUCCAUGAGCAUCAAGGAGAACGAGCCUAUUGUCUACACCUAUGAGGUGAACUUCGUGGAAAGCGACAUCAAGUGGCCCUCCAGGUGGGAUGCCUACCUCAAGAUGGAGGGGGCCAAGGUGCACUGGUUCUCCAUUCUCAACUCCCUCAUGGUGAUUGCCUUCCUUGCUGGUAUUGUCUUUGUCAUUUUGCUGAGGACCGUGAGGCGUGAUCUCACCAAGUACGAGGAGCUUGACAGUGAAGCGCAGGCCCAGAUGAAUGAGGAGCUGUCCGGAUGGAAGCUUGUGGUCAGUGAUGUGUUCCGUGCGCCAAGCAACCCGAUGCUGCUUUGUAUCAUGGUUGGGGACGGUGUUCAGAUCCUUGGGAUGGCGGUUGUGACCAUUCUCUUUGCUGCGCUCGGGUUCAUGUCCCCAGCCUCCCGUGGUACUCUGAUCACGGGCAUGCUGUUCUUCUAUCUGGUCCUUGGAAUCCUGGCUGGAUAUGUUGGUGUUCGCGUAUGGAAGACGAUCAAGUGUGGGGAUCACUCUGGGUGGGUCGCUGUGUCGUGGCGGGUGGCUUGCUUCUUCCCCGGCAUUGCAUUCCUGAUCCUGACCACACUCAACUUCCUAUUGUGGGGAAGCCACAGCACUGGUGCCAUCCCUUUCUCAUUGUUCGUUGUGCUGCUUCUGCUCUGGUUCUGCAUCUCCGUGCCGCUCACGCUUGUUGGCGGGUUCCUUGGUGCCAAGGCUCCACAUAUUGAGUACCCUGUCCGCACGAACCAGAUCCCUCGUGAAAUCCCUCCUCAGAAGUACCCAUCCUGGUUGUUGGUUCUUGGUGCUGGCACACUGCCCUUCGGCACCCUAUUCAUCGAGCUCUUCUUCAUCAUGUCAAGCAUAUGGAUGGGUCGUGUGUACUAUGUCUUUGGGUUCCUCUUCGUCGUCUUGCUGCUCCUGGUUAUUGUCUGUGCUGAAGUUUCCCUGGUUCUAACUUACAUGCACCUGUGUGUUGAGGAUUGGAAGUGGUGGUGGAAGUCAUUCUUCUCAUCUGGAUCGGUGGCAAUCUACAUUUUCUUGUACUCCAUCAACUAUCUUAUUUUUGACCUCAAAAGCCUGAGUGGGCCAGUGUCUGCUACCCUCUACAUCGGUUACUCACUCUUCAUGGUGAUUGCUAUCAUGCUGGCAACUGGCACAGUUGGGUUUAUUUCUUCAUUCUGCUUCGUCCACUAUCUUUUCUCAUCGGUGAAAGCAGAUUAAGUUUCUUCCUGCUGAGGAUUCAAGUCACUCAAUUGAGAGGUGAGCAGAAUGGACAGUGAAAAGUUUGUAGUCACAAAUCUUAGUUCAUGUCAUCUUUUGGUAUACAAAAGCCUGGACAACUAUUGCAAGGGCUACUAGGAUUCAUCAAUGGAUCUGUGGAGAGGUGUUUGCAGCUUGCACGAUGUAAUAGGUUGAAUUGCUUUAUUCUCAUGUGGCGUUGCUAUAGUUGUUUUUAGAUUACCAUUACUAUAUCUCAAUAUGUAUGCUAAGUACCAUAUCUGCUUGAAUUUAUGUUUAUUGACAUUUUCCCCGAAUGUUAGAUCUAGUUAUCUACUUAUC